AUGGCUUCCAUGGCUGCUAGACAAAUUUUCAACUUGAAGCCUGUGAAUUUUUCACCACUUGGCUUUUUUCCAAAGUCACCUGUAAUAUUCGUUUCCUCCAACAAGACUGUUCAGUUCCUAAGUUUUGGUGGUGACUUUUCUAGCAAAGAUAAUCUUACCGCAGUCCCCAAGGCAUCAUCAGAUGGCAUUUUGCCUAUUGAUGAUGAAGAUGGAGUGUCCUUGGGAACCAUGAAACUGCCCUCCAACACUGACCUUUCAAGAUUUGAAUCCUUACUCUUUCAGUGGGCGAACAGUCUUUGCCAAGGUGCCAAUUUGCCUAUGCCGGUGCCUCUGAAGGUCGACAAAAUUCCAGGUGGAGCUAGACUUGGGUUUAUUACAAUUGGAGAUGGAGAGACUGAGGUUCUCGUGUACAUAGACUGCUUAGUUUUUCCAGCUACUGAGAGUUCUGGUCCAGUAUUUCGGGCCAUAAGGAAUGGACCCCAGAAAAAUCAGUCUCCUCCUGGAGAGCCAAGAAUCAUGAGAAGCCUUCUAGAUGCCCUAAAGAAGUCUGUCGAGAUAGCAAGGCUUUAA